CUCAUAAUGUGAACUGUGUAUUAAGCGUUACGACCCUCGAUAGAAUGGCUCGAGUACACAAUGAUGGUUAUUACGUUCUGGACUUGACAAUUGAUUUGUCAAACGAACAGGAAGAUGCUAAAAAAGUCCUGAGAAUUGUGAGACCCGAUUGGGAUUUGGAUAACAUUAAAAUUAAGCAUUUUAACGAUGGAAUAACCAACAAAUUAUUUGGCGUGAGUUUAUUAAAUGAUCCUGAAGAUGUGGUUAUGUUCCGAAUUUUUGGAGAAAAAACAGAAUUAAUCAUUGAUCGAGAUGCAGAAAGACAAACAUUUGUUAAAUUAUUUGCCACAGGAAGUUCACCCCCAUUAUAUUGUGCAUUUAAUAAUGGCAUGGCUUAUGGUUUUGUUAAAGGUCAAACUUUAGGUUUAGAUAUGGUCACAGAGGAAAAAAUAUACAGGCAAGUUACAAAAGAAAUGGUAAAAAUUCAUAGUCUAGAAAAUACUGAUAAAGAACAGAAAACAUAUUUAUAUCAUAAACUGAAUAAUUAUAUAGAAGCUUUACCAUCCUCAUUUGCCAACCCUAAACAACAAGACAGAUACAGUACAAAAAUACCAAGUCAAGAAAAAUUAUUUUUAGAAGUAGCGGAAAUAAAAAGUCAUUUGGAAGCAUUAAAGUCACCAAUAGUGUUUUGCCAUAAUGAUUUAUUAUUAAAUAAUAUUAUUUAUGAUAAAAAAGCAGAUAAAGUAGGAUUUAUAGAUUAUGAAUAUGCAUUUUAUAAUUAUCAAGCAUAUGAUAUAGCGGAUCAUUUUGCUGAAUUUGCAGGGAUAGAUGUAGUGGACUAUGAUAGAUAUCCUAGUAAAGAAUUUCAGCUGAAAUGGCUAAAGGUGUAUUUAGAAAACUGGUUUGAAGCUAAAGGACAUAAGGCUUCAGAUGUAACCUCAACAGAUAUUGAAAGAUUAUAUGUACAAGUAAAUAAAUGUGUGCUGGCAACCCAUUUAUUUUGGGGAGUAUGGGGUAUCAUCCAAGCUAAAAAUUCUUCAAUAGAUUUUGAUUUUCUUGAGUAUGCUCAGAUACGAUUUGAUGAAUAUUUUAGAAGGAAAGAUGCAUUUCUGUCAUUAGUUUUACCCUAA